AUGUCGCCCGUCAUUAGACUCGAUGCCCCCCAGCACCCCUUGACUGCCGUAACAAUCUUCAAGUCUUCCAAGGCUGAGAUCGUGCGGUCGUUCAAGCAGACUUUCCAGGAAGGCCAAAAUAAAGUCGAAAUCUUCAACCUUCCAGGAUCCAUCGACACCGAAUCCGCUCGCAUCAAUAUUACCGGCCUCAGUGACCUCCAGCUCUUCGACGUCGUCUGCACAAAACCGAAAUCAUACAUCUCCGGCGUCACUGCCAGCGCUUCCACCUUCGAAUCCAUCCGCAUUCUCGAAGCCAAAAAGUCCGCCCUAGUGGCUGAGAGGGACACCAUCUCUUCCGCCAAGACGUUUCUUGAAAGUUAUUCUAAGACGUUGAAAGGUGAGGAUAUCAGUCCGGAGCAGGCAGAAGGUUUUCUGGACACGUAUGUGAAGAGGGCAAGGAAGCUUGUUCAAGAGGGUGCAGAGCUUCAGGAGCAGAUACAGAAGAUAGAGCAGAAGAUCCAGAAGGAGAGGGACGAGAGGAAUAAGAGGAAGGGGAGUAUGGACGGGACGGUGAAUAUUGUGGUCAUGGCGAAAAGGCAGACGGAGGCGGAGUUCAAGUUGACCUACAUCGCCCAUGGCGCGUCUUGGACUCCGAGCUACGAACUGCAUGCUACGACCGACUCGGGCAGGCCUGCUUCUUCAGUUUCUCUCCACUACCGCGCCAGCAUAACUCAGACGACCGGCGAAGACUGGUCCGACGUACCCCUCACGCUCUCCACGGCCUCCAUGGACAACGCCGACCAGCGCGUCCCUGAGAUUCAGGCAUUACGCAUUCGACCUCCUGUUACUGAACUUCGUGUGCGAUCAUCACCACCGCAUCCGGCAAUGCGUGUUCGUAUGGCCUCGAGAGGUGCAACGCGCUCUGCCACCUUUCCACUCCCUGAUAGUUCGAAUGGAGGCUCUUAUCCUGAAAACUGGGACGAAGAUGAUGACGAAGAAGGCGAGCCUGGUGCCCCUGAGGGUGAUUCGACGCCUGCCAGCACGGUGAUCAACGAGAGUCCUUUGUCGCUCUCGUAUACUGUGGAAGGACGGUCUAGCAUUCCGACGGAUGGCGUGGCUCAUAAGGUAUCUGUGGCCAUACUGAAGUUUGAGGCGAAGGUUAUGCACGUUGCAGUACCCCGUGUCCGGGCACAAGCGUACUUACAGGCACAAGUCGUGAACAAUAGUGACUUUAGGCUAUUACCAGGCCCUGUCACGAUUCUAAUGAACGACAGCUACGUUUCCAAGACGUCCAUCCAGGACAUUGCCCCAGGCGACUCAUUCGACUGCACCUUUGGUCCCGACACUUCCACCAGAAUUAGCUACACUCGCAGCGUCAAGCGUUCCAUGGCAGCCGCUAGCGCCUUCACCGAGCAAUACACGACGACGACAUACAUAUCUGUCAUCAAGGUCCAUAAUCGCCAUGCCUUUACCAUCGACAAGAUCGUUUUACGGGACGCGCUCGCGGUUUCAGACGACGAGACAAAGGUGAAAGUACUGUUGAAGAAGCCUCAGUCUCUUCUUGACGAACAGGACAGUUCAGAAGAUCAGGAGGUCGAAGGUCUAGAGAAGGGCAUCGCUAGAUGGCGGGAUACAAUUGAUGAGAAGGGUGGAAAGAAGGACGGGUUGUUUGAAUGGAUUUGUGAGGGACUAGAGGCCGGAAAGGAGAUUAGUCUGGAGACGGUGUGGGAUGUCAGGGCACCGGCUGAUGUGAAGUGGGUGGAGAGUUAG